AUGGGGAAGAAGUUUGGGAUGGAGAAGAAGUUAAGGAUGGAGAAGAAGUUUGGGAUGGAGGAGAAGUUUGGAAUGGAGGAGAAAAACCGAAGGAUAAAGAAGAAAGUAUGGAUGGGGAAGAAGUUUGGGAUGGAAAAGAAGUUUGGAAUGGAGAAGAAUCUACUAAUUAAGGAAGCAGAAGAAGUUAAAGAGGAUGGAGAAGAAGUUAGGGAAGGAGAAAAAGUGAAGAAUGAAGAACAAGUUAGGGAAGGAGAAGAAGUUAAGGAUGGAGAACAAGUUAGGGAAGGAGAAGAAGAAGUUAAGGAUGGAGAAGUAGUUUGGGAUGGGGAAGAAGUGAAGGAAGGAGAAGAAGUUAAGGAAGAAGAAGAACAAGAAGUUUUGGAUGGAGAAGAAGUUAAGGGUAAAGAAGAAAGCAUGGAUGGGGAAGAUGUUUGGGAUGGAGAAGAAGUUAAGGAUGGAGAAGAAGUUUGGGAUGGAGGAGAAGUUUGGAAUGGAGGAGAAGAACCGAAGUAUGGAGAAGAAGAUAAGGAAGAAGAAGUUUAG